GUCACUGUAUCAUAAAUUCUGAUAGGAAAUGAUACAGUGACGAAAAUAAACAGACUCAAAAUGCCGUAGCUGUCAAAAAUUGACAAUUGAACAUCUGAGUGAGUAAGAGAAAAGAGAAGUCCGUUCAGUUGACCGUUAGCUGUGAUAGAGUAAGGUGUGACAUAGCGGCUCCUGUGUUCGGGUGUAUGUAUACACGGUGUAUUUGUCGUCGUGUGUAGACUUAGAAAGGUAUUUCUUUUUAAUUCAAAGAGCUCUUCGCCGGAAUGAUACAUCCAACCUAGUUAAACGCCCACGAGAAAAAAUAUCACUUUAGUGAUUUAGGUUAACUUUUACUUGAACGCGUGAUCGGGAUUAUAAACAGUAGCUGAUACUCAGUUACUGAAGGUGAAGGAAGUUGAGAAAUUACUGUUGUACUUCAACUGUGAUUGUUUACGAAGACAGUCAAUAACAAUGAUUAUCAAGGGAUUUCCGGUUGAACAUCAUCUUUCUGCAACUGCACCAGAACCAAUAGAAGGCGCUUCCGUCGGAAUCCUAGAUGUUUCAUCCAGACUCAAAAGAGACGCCAACAGCAAUCUGGCUUUCAUGGCCUUUACCAUGGCGUUGCUUGACACCGUCGUCAACAUCGUGAGCAUCAUCAACGACAACAACAACAAUAACAACAAUAAUAACAACAACAAUAACAAUAACAACAACAACGCCAACAUAAAUGAUCUUGUUGGGAUGAGCGAAAAUAUGAACACGAACAUGGUGGUAGGGAAAACACUCUUUCAGAGAGUCAGUCGAUUUCUGCAGGACUCCGUGUCCUUCAUCACUAAGCCUAUUCUUACCUCGAUUUCGGCUCUGUCCAGUUCUUUCUCUUUGAAUAGUCCUACGACCUCUUCUUCUUCUUCUUCUUCUUCUUCUUCUUCUUCUUCUUCUUCUUCUUCUUCUUCUUCUUCUUCUUCCUUGAAUACUUCUCCUUCGACUACCUCUCCACCAACCUCACCUUUCUCCUCUAAAUUAUCUUCUCAGUCUUUCUCUUCUGGAAAAAUCCAUUCAUCCUUACCUUCCUCCUCAUCUUCGUCUUUUUCCGCUCUUCCCCUCCUUCUUCCUUCUCUUUACCUUCCUCCUCUCUUUCUCUUUUUCCUCUUCUCCUCUUCUUCCUUCUCCUCUUCUUCAUCCUUCUCCUCUUCAUCCUCCUCCUCAUCAUCAUCAGGCUUACCCUCAUUCACCUCUCUAUCGUUAAACAACGGUCAACCUCUGUUUCCUCCCAACACCAUAUCCAAGUACUCUUCUUUCGUGAAUCCUUCCAACACAAGUGAUUACCUUCCUCUUCUUGUCUAGAGGUCGUCUGGCUCUUCAUUUGGUAAAAAUUCGUCGUAAGGAAGAUUAUUGGUGUUGUGUAUUAGCUUGCAUGUGAGUUUGCGCAUGUCGAAGCUCUGCUGUUCGACUGGUUCAUUGUGGGUUGUUGUGAUCCGGAAGGACCGGAGAGAGCCACGCUUUGGGUAGCAAGAUGUAACAGGACGAUUUCCAUUCAAGCCAACGAUUUUGGCUAACUGUGUUAUUUACCCAGUUUUCCUGCAAUUGUCCGUUUAGAGGCACUACAGGAUCAGUUGAUGUUUUAAUUUAAGUGUGCAUAGCUAAUUUAAAGUGAUAUUAUUUCAAAAGAGCGUUUGUUUCUUUUUUAUGUAAACUGUAUCCCUAAGGUUUUCUGUAAACACAUGCAUACACACAUAUAUAAUGUGUGCGUUUGUGUGUAUUAUCAUGUGUUUUUCUCCCUGAGACUGGUGGCUUCGGAUGUUAUAGCCUUCCGAUUUUCGGCAAGUCUUAAGAUGUGGUUGCAAGUCCCUGCCCUUUUUCACUUGAUCUGUAACA